GCAUCUGAUACGUGCAGACUUCCCGUAUUUUUGUUUCUGUCCUUCAGUGGGUUUGUUGUUUUUAUGGAUAAUAUUGUUUGCGAAGAGGGUUAUGGGUCACAGGGCGCUAAAGCGUAUUACAAGAAAGACAGAGAUGGUAAAAUUCGUAUGAUAACAGCGAAAGACCGAAGGUUCGCCUCCUUGUCCCAGUUUUUCAGGUCUCUUUUCUUACCACAGGGUUACCCUGAGAGUGUGAGCGGAGACUACUUAACAUAUCAGAUAUGGGAUACAAUGCAGGCAUUCUGUUCCUAUCUUACUGGUACCUUAGCUACACAGGCGAUGUUGAAGGGGAUUGGUGUUGGUGAUGAGAGUGCUACUCCACUCGCAGCUACUAUCACAUGGAUUUUGAAAGGUAAAAAUUUGCUGUAA